AGCUAUCGAUGAUAAAAAUAUCGAUGACAAAUACAAAAAAGACAGGAAGAGAUUUGGUGAAUUGGAUGACGAUACAGAUUUGGGAUAUCAACGAAAACCUCGAGACUCUGGGAAAGAUUUUGGGGAUACAGUUUCCGAUGACAAAUACAGGAAAGACAGGAAGCGAUUUGGUGAUUUAGGAUGACGACACAGAUUUGGGAUAUCCACGAAAACCUCGAGACUCUGGGAAAGACAUCGAUGAUAAAGAUACCGACGACAAAUACAAGAAAGACAGAAAGAGAUACAGUGAUUUGAAUGACGACAAAGAUUUUGGAUAUACGGGAAAAUCACGUGACUCCAAGAAAGAUAUCGAUGAUAAAGAUUCCGAUGACAAGUACAAGAAAGACAGGAAGCGAUUUAGUGAUUUGGAUGACGAUACAGAUUUGGGAUAUCAACGAAAACCUCGAGACUCUGGGAAAGAUUUUGGCAAUACAGAUUCCGAUGACAAAUACAAGACAGACAGGAAAAGAUAUGGUGAUUUGGACGACGACAAAGAUUUUGAAUAUCCGGGAAAAUCACGUGAGUCUGGGAAAGAUAUCGGUGAUAAAGAUUCCAAUGACAAAUACAAGAAAGACAGAAACAGAUACAGUGAUUUGAAUGACGAUACAGAUUUGGGAUAUCAACGAAAACCUCGAGACUCUGGGAAAGAUUUUGGCAAUACAGAUUCCGAUGACAAAUACAAGACAGACGGGAAAAGAUAUUGUGAUUUGGACGACGACAAAGAUUUGGGAUAUCCGGGAAAAUCACGUGACCCCAAGAAAGAUAUCAAUGAUAAAGAUUCCGAUGACAAAUACAAGAAAGGCAUGAAGCGAUUUGGUGAUUUGGAUGAUGACAAAGAUCUGGGAUAUCCAGGAAAAUCACCUGAUUCCAAGAAAGAUAUCGAUGAUAAAGAUUCCGAUGACAAAUACAAGAAAGACAGGAAGCGAUUUGGUGAUUUGGAUGACGACACAGAUUUGGGAUAUCCACGAAAGCCACGUGACUCUGGGAAAGAUAUCGAUGAUAAAGAUACCGAUGACAAAUACAAGAAAGACAGGAAGCGAUUUGGGGAUUUGGAUGACGACAAAGAUUUGGGAUAUCCAGGAAAAUCACCUGAUUCCAAGAAAGAUAUCGAUGAUAAAGAUUCUGAUGACAAAUACAAAAAAGACAGAAAGAGGUACGGUGGUUUGGAUGACGACACAGAUUUGGGAUAUCAACGAAAACCACGUGACUCUGAGAAAGAUUUUGGCGAUACAGAUAUAAAUGACCAAAACAAGAAAGAUAGGAAGAUAUACGGUGAUUUGGAGGAUGACAAAGAUUUAGGAUAUCCAGAAAAAUCAAAUGACUCCGGGAACGAUGUCGACAGAAAAAAAUCCGAUUUUGAACAUAAGAAUGACAGGAAUAUUAGGGAUAUUAGGAAGACACCAGAUGAUGACAAAGCAUCUGACAGUGAAUUUCCUGGUAAACAGAAGCAAGACAUCACAAGGGCAGAUGACUUGGACCUCGAAAGCGGGAAUCGCGAUAGCAAUAGAAGAAACAGGCGUGAUGACAAACUACCAGACGUUAAAGUUGGAGAUGGGGAAUGUAAACUUGUUGACCAAAUGAAAGACCAACACGGUGACAAUAGCAGCAGUGAACGUCGGACGCCCUCUCCACGAAGACCGGAAUCAUUGCCGAUUGAGAAAAUAAUGCCAGACGUUACAGAUGAUAUGAGAAAUGAUUCAAAAUCAGGUAAAACAUUAGAUAGAAAUGAUCGAAAGACUUCAGGGAAAACAAAGGAGUCUCCAAAAACGGACGAUAUUGAACAGGAACUGAUUCUGAAAGCAAAAGAGGUGACAGCAGAGAUCAAGACGCUGAGCGAUGCAUGGAUGUCUGACCAAGAUAAUAGAUCUAGUGAGGAUACAUCACCAUUAGGACGUCUGGAAGACACAAGACCAGACCUGCCGAAUACAUUCUUCAUGGGUGUAGUUCAGUCUGACUUACAUACUGCUGAAAGGGACGAGUCACGAUCGGAUGAAAUUCGCGGGAAAGAUAAUCGUACCGGUGAACUGGGACAUGACAACGACGCGUUGAAUUCCCUUCCAGACGUAAGUAGCAUUCGACAUGGUAAAGCCCGCUUUGGCCUUCAACCAGAAACGUAUACGAAUGAAAUGGACAGUGAUUUGAGAGCUGAUGAGGUCAUCAUGGUAAAGAGUGACCAACCAGACGCUGGGAAAUUGUCUACACAAAUUCGUUAUCCUUUGGAAUCUGCUGGCCUGACAGGUAAAAUCGACUCCUUGGUAGGGUACACUUACGAUGAAUAUUCCGAUGAUAUUGUCUGUAAUGUUGGCCAAGAUGAAAAUGCAAAAGAUGGAAUAGUUGAAAAGGAUAAUAGUCUGGUCAGUAAGACCAAAUACGGAACUCCAUCCUUUUCGAAUGAAAUAACGACAGACAUAGAUCAAGACGAAAAUCCAGAAAAUAUUCCAGGACUAAACUAUGGUCAGGCGUCCACUGAAGAUGUUCCUCACAAAAAGAGAGGACUCUCUGUACAUUUCGAAGAUGAAAUUUGCAAUGCUCCUGAUUCUGUAAAAUCGGAUUCCGCGCCUGAAAUUGCGGACAAAUUGACACGUGACAGAAAAUAUACUUCUGAUGGUGACGAACCCGGAUGUAGGACAACGGAUGCCGUGAUCGACAGUAAUCUUUCUGAAAUAUCUAAACGUUCCAACGACACAGAUGAGCUCUCCUUUUCGACCUCUGCGGACAUUAAAGAAGGGAAAGAUGUCCAAUCCCCCAAAAUUUUAAAGGCCUCGUCUGAUGUAACCAUUUACGAAGGCCAGAACUUGGUGAUCAAUUGGGAAAUACAAGGCGUCCCGGAGCCACGUAUGAAAAUAUACAAAGAUGGAGAGCCGAUCGAACUAUUUGACGGGAUGGAGAUCGUGCAGGAUGGACACGAGUGGAAACUGUCUAUCCCUGACGUCAUCAGGGAUGACGCUGGGUCGUACGAACUACACAUCAUGAAUAAGCACGGCACUGAUAAGUCAGAAGUCAAAGUUCAAGUUCAGCGUCAGACUCCAAGGACUUUGCAGAAGGAACUUGCAGCCCCAGCGUUUACGAAGACGCCUGUUGACACGACAGUUAAAGAGGGAGACGACCUCGUUCUCAAAUGCUCUGUUCAGGGUUUUCCUCCGCCCCAGGUCCUGUGGCUGAGAGAUGGAGAGGAGCUAAGUGAUGGUGAGGAGGUAGAAAUCAUGGAGGAAAAGGGAGACCAAUGUCUGAUCGUCUGGGAGGCUGGGCCAGAACAUUCCGGUCACUACAUCUGUCGGGCGGUCAACUCACAGGGCACCUCAGAGGUCAAAUUUGAUGUUGACAUACAAGACUGGUCUUCAGAAGAAGAGGAUCUCCAUGGAAACGACACAAAAUCUUCUAAAAGUGGAGAUGAUGAGAAAAAUUCAACAGAUAAGGUUAAAAAAGAUGACAAACAAAAAUCUACAGACAAGACUGAAGACAACAGAAAAUCCAUACAGGAUGAGAAAAUAAUCAAAGAUGAAACUGUAAAACCCCAGGAAGAAUUACCAAAGGAGAAACAAGGGAAAAAAGAAAUACCAGAAGUGGCUGAGACACCCAAGGAAAAAAACAAGAAUCCACUCAUUGAGGAGGAGAUGGUCUCCAGCAAAACAGCAAGAGUUAAUGAAUGCCUUCCUGAAGCUGAAGAUUUAGUAUUAUCCCUGUCAAAGAAGGAAGCUGUGCCACCAAAACCUGCUCCCAAACCCAAAGACAAACUCAGACAACCAGUCAUUGAGGAAAUUAUUCAGGGCAAGGUAGAAAAGAUGAAUGAAAAUAUUCCUAGUGAGGGACAGGAAACUGCUUUGGUCACAACUGUGGAAAAGAAGGAUGUGCCAAAAGUUGAUGUAAAAUGUAAAGAGAAAACAAAAUCUGCAGUCAUGGAGGACACUAUCCAGGACAGAGAGGGACCAUUACAGCAAUCUGCUCCCACUGAAAGUGUGGGACAAGGUUUCAUCACGAUCGCUAAAAAUGAAGAUGGUUCCAGAGUUAAUAUCAAACCAAAAGAAAAAUCCGAGACAUCUUUGAUAGAAGGGAACAUUGAAAAGCAAGAAAGUGAAUGUAUACCCUUUGAUGAAGCAGAAACCGUUUCAAUCAAAACUGUUAAAAAUGAUAAGGCUCCAAAAGUUGCUGUUAAACCAAAGAUCAAAUCGAAGGCACCAGUUGUGGAGGAAAUUGUGCAGGAGAAAGUGGAAAUGGUCAAUGAAUGUGUUGCUAUGGGUGAUGCUGAAAAUGCAUUUGUCUCAACUACCAAAACAGAGGCUGUUCCAAAAGUAGCAGCAAAACCAACAGAAAAAUCAAAGAAAUUGGCAUUGGAGGAAGAAAAGAAAAAGACAGAAAAAGUGAAAGAUGAAGCAAAGGACGAAUCCCAAGCUGGAGAGAUGGAUGAUAGAAAGGAAAUUGUUUGCAGUCAGGAGGAACUAACACCAAAAAGUAAGACUGAUACCAGCUUACAACAAGGAAAGAAAGACAAGACAUUUAAAAAAGAUGACAUUGACCUUGACCCUUGUGGAGACAACAAUAACCUUGAAAGGAAAGAGAAGCAAGACACACUGGACAAGCUUAGUAAAUCACUGGGAAUGGACGACCUUGAUCAAGCAUCAUUGUCAUUGGGCGAGUUGGAUGAUGAUACUUCGAAGCAACCAACAGAUGAGGCCAAAGGUCAUCAGAAAGACAAACAUAGUUACCAUGGAGAUGCAGCAGAACUCUCUGAUGAGGAACUUGAUGGAGAACCGAUGAUACCUGCUAUAGAGCUACAUAUGUCAAAUUCUGAUGAGAUGUGUGCUAAGAAGUACAUGGUAAUUGCUGGUUACCAUGACGCCACCAAUGACGUCCAUCUUGAGUCAGGGGAGGUAAUCGAAUUACUCAACAAGAUGGUCCCAACACACUGGUUGGUGAGGAAACUGGAUGACAAACAACAGGUGUGUUAUGUACCUGCGGCCCUGCUACAGUCCCGGAGAGAUACAGAUGCCAGCCCCACCCUAACACCGGAGGGAUUGGCAAAGGCAGUUAGCAAAUCUAAACAAGCCGUUCAAGACCUGGUCGAUACGGAGGAAGACUACAUCUGUGAUCUCCGUGAUCUCAUAGACAAUUACCAUGAUCCUUUGCAAGAUGGCAGCGAAGGAGAGUUUCCGGAAAAAUUACUAGAGAAGAAGGAAGAGAUCUUUGGAAAUCUCAUGGACCUUUACAACUUCCAUAAUAAAGACCUACUUCCGGAGCUGAUGGCUUGUGCAGACAAACCUGAUCAAAUAGCUGAAGUAUUUUUAGAGCGAAGAGAAAGUCUGAAGCAGUAUCUUCCUUUCUGGGCCGGACGGGAAAAGGCAGAUGAAGACAUUAAUUCGGAGGAAAUCCACGCCUUCCUGCAGUCCUACAGUAAACAGAUAGGAGAUCCUGACAACGCGUUCCAGGAUCUUCUAAACCGACCUGUGGAACGAAUACAUGAGUACAUCAACCUUCUGAAGAACCUGAUGAAGUACACGUCUCAGGCCGGGGGUGACUGUUCCCAGCUUAUGUCUGUAGUCCAGAUGCUGGAUGAACUUUGUCAGGAAGUAGACAACAUCAUGUUACUGGACACUGUCCAAGGAUAUGACGGGAUCAUCCAUGACCUUGGCCCGGUUAUCAGACACGAAUCAGCCAUGAUGUGGGAAGGUGACCCUGAGAGUUCUGAACCGGUGGAGCGUGAAGUAUUCCUGUUUAGAGAUGCCAUCCUGGUUGCAAAUGCAAUGGAACAUGAUGAAGAUGGAGAACCGAAGAAAUUACAAUUUGAACGCAUUGUCAAGUUGAAAAACACAGACCUCAACCAUGAUGGAUUCGCCGACUCCAGACGAUUGGAGUUCUGGGAUUUAGAGGACACAGUCAAAGACGAAAGUGUAAACGAAUUGGAACCAUUGUUUACACUCGAGACUAAGUCCCCGUAUUCCAAGCAAGCUUGGGUGAGAGCCAUAAAGGAAGCACAGGCACAUUUAGGUGUGGAAAAUACAGCCAAAUUAAAGAUGCCGGAACGAAGAAAAAUCAAAACUUCCAAACACAAGGUGGUUAGCUCCACACCGAGGAAGGGCAGUAAAGUUGUACGUGCAGAGGAUGUCGAAAGGGACAGCCCAUUUGAUGAUUUUAAUAUUUUGGACACAAGUUCGGAAGCGGUCUGUGUCCAGCCCGAGUUUGAUGAUGGAACAUCUCGACCUGUGUUCCAAAUGAAACUGGAGAAAACAGUUGUGGAAGAGGGAGCCUCUGCCCAAAUGGAAUGUGUUGUUGCUGGGAUUCCACCUCCCAAAGUCCUAUGGCUCAAGAACAACCGUCCACUUAUGGCCACAGACAGAUGUCGGGUCAUCGUCGAUGGUGACGCAAAUAUCCUGGAGUUUCCACGGGCACGUGCAGACGACACAGCAGUUUACACUGCCAGAGCUAUGAAUGUUAAUGGAUCAACCAUUAGCACUGCAGAGCUCUAUGUUGGAGAUGCCCAACCCUCCGACCUGUUGAAGUACCGCGAGGGAAUCCCUGACAAUGAGUUCCGCACGCCUGCCUACUUCUUCCAGAUGAAGAACUGCCAAGUAGAAGAGGGCAGGUUAGCCCGAUUUGACUGCCGAGUGGUGGCGUAUCCCAAACCCGACAUUAUCUGGAUGAAGGAUGGCAAGGUGCUGACCUCUGGUGAGAGGUUCAAACUUCUGAACUUUAAUGACGAGAUCUACUCGCUGCUGGUUCAGUCCGUAGAUACAGAUGACGAAGGUCGUUACACAUGCUGGGCCCACAACAAGUACGGCGAGGCCAUGACUGAGGCGUACCUCAACGUUCUAGCUCUCCAUGACAAUAUGGAUGAUGAUGACAUGGCACCCAAAUUUUUGACCAAAUUUUAUGACCAGACUGUAACGGAGGGUGUACCCUGUGAUCUGCAGUGUAUGAUCGCUGGGAAACCCCAGCCAAGUGUCCAAUGGCUGCAUAACAACAAUGAACUGAUUGCCACCUCAGAGAUUGCCAUCGUGAACCAAGCUAAUUUUUGUAGUCUGAAAAUCAAAGAAGUAAGCAAAGACAAUGCUGGAAAAUAUGCCUGCCUUCUAAAGAACGGACUUGGAGAGGCGAGUUGUUCUGCAGGAAUUACCAUCAUCGACAAGAAAAUCAAAGGCGUACCAAUGCUGCCUAAGUUUCUAAAGAAAUUGUGUGACGUCACAGCAAAGACGAAUGAGGAUUUCGAGUUUGAAGUUGUUGUCGUCGGGGAGCCUAAACCCAAAGUCACAUGGCAGUACAACCAUAAGCAAAUUUCGGGAAGCCAUAGGAGAAUGCGUAAAAGUCAUGAAGGGGACGUGUAUCGUCUCACCAUCAGUGAUGUCCGCCUAGAGGAUGAUGGGAAGUUCACAUGUAAAGCUGCCAACUCGGAGGGUGAGGUGUACUGCAGUUGUAACCUGUUGGUUAAGGAGUCGAGGAUACAGUUAGAGCCGGCUGAGGAGCCAAGUUUCACCCAGAAGGACUUCGAUGCACGUUAUGGCUGUGCACCUACUUUCCUGAAGAAGAUGGAGGAUGUGAGCACCCCAAGUGGACAAUCUGCCAAGUUUGAAUGCCGUAUCAUGGGAAUCCCAGAACCUAAUGUCCAGUGGUUUAAGAAUGGUGUUCCAAUAACCCAGGGUAAGAAGUACUGGACGUCCCAGGACUCCGCAGGUAAUUGUGGACUACAGGUGUAUGAUGUUGGGGCCGGUGACGAGGGCAUUUACACUUGUACUUUGACCAAUCCAGCGGGAGAGAUCUCCACCAAUGCAAGUCUUCGUAUCGGCAAGCCAAAAGAAUCUAUGGAACGUGACUUCCCAUCCAAGACCUCGAAAGGCAGACGCCUUUCCCGAGAAGAUAUGUUGGAUUCUACUCGUGCACCAACCAUGUCUCGAGAUGAGCCAACCAUAAAGAGCACACGACCAGAUACUGUGCGUUUGUCAUGGGCACCUGCUCCAACAUCAGGUCUGCCAAAGGAUGCACGUAACAUCCGAUACCUUGUUGAGUCAAAGGCCCUACCAAAUGCAGAUUGGAAGACAAUCGGGGAUGGUAUCCACAGCAACACAUUCAUGGCAAAGAACUUGAACCCAGAUAAGGAAUAUGCGUUCCGCGUUCGUGCAGAGAACCAGUUUGGUCAGAGCGAUCCCACACAGCCUGCUAGGCUGGAACGCAUCAAAUUGGAUGAGAAGAUAGAGAAGAAGAAAGUUAUUCUACCUGAGAGCAAGAGACCUCCAUCACUACCGUCAACUAGACCUGUCAUAACCGAUUACGGACAGGAAUCUGUUAGGUUGGCAUGGAAACCAGCCCCGCCUCCAGUGACUAUCAAGAAGCCCCUUCCUGUUUCGUACCGUGUGGAAGCGCAGGAGUUGCCAAGCACCGAUUGGCUGCCUAUGGCCAGUGGGCUAUCCACACCAAGUUAUUAUCUGCCACAGCUCCAGGAUCGCCAUGACUACAACAUCAGAGUCCGAGCUGAAAACAAAUAUGGAGUCAGUGAACCAUCCGAGCCUCUUUGGCUUCCCAGAGCGCAUAGUUUCCCUGGUGUGCCAAUCAGACGACCAGAAAUCGUUGAAAUGGAGCCAGAAUAUGUGAAGUUGUCAUGGGAACGUGUUGAUGUUCCUCCCACUGCCCUUGACGAAGAACCUCUAAGGUAUAUGAUUGAGAUGCAGGAGCCAACAAGCCGUGACUGGCGUGAGAUCGCACAGGAUAUCCGUGAACCCCACUACACAGUUCGUGACCUUCGACCUGGCGAUGACUAUAGGUUCAGAGUUCGCUCCAGAUCUCUGGCUGGCCCUCUCAGUGAACCAUCACCUGCUACAUCUCUGUACAGAACUAUGGCUACAACACGAGUGCCAAUCGACAGGAUCCAACUUGAUGAUCAUGAAUUUGACACUGAGGGAAUUAAUUUGUCUUGGAAUCGAGUGAAAAUCCCGCCUUAUCACCGUGACGAUGAGCCACUCCUCUAUUCCGUGGAGAUGAUGGAACAGCCAAUCGAUGAUUGGCGGCCUGUUGUGUCUGGCAUACCAACUCAACGCUAUCGAGUCACUGACCUUGCUCCAGACCGAGACUACAAGUUCCGUGUCCGGGCUCUGAGUUCCUAUGGAAUCAGUCCUCCAUCAUAUGCCCUUCCUGUUUCGUACCGUCGGCCACUUCCCAGUCCAAGCCGCCCUCUACUAGACCACACCCCCAGACUCAUGUAUGAUGACACAGAUAGCCUGGCAUUGGCAUGGCAACCUCCUACUCUUGACUCAACUCGACCACUCAGAUACAGAGUUCAAAUGCAGGCUCCGCCCAGUAUGGACUGGCGUACAAUGGCGUCAGACAUUCCCGACACUCGUUAUCGGAUUAGUGGUCUGGGUCCCAGUCGAGACUACAUGUUCCGUGUUGUCCCGGAGACGUCCUUGGGACAACUUGAUCCAUUGCCUUCUGUAUCCCUUAGUUCUCUGCCAACACCAAGAACUUUCCAUCCCAGUAGACCAGAAAUACUGGAUAUCGAGCCGACCUCUCUCGGAUUGUCAUGGAAACGACCUAUUGUUGACAUGUACACGCCUUUGACUUACAACAUCGAGAUGCAGGAACCUCCAAGUCUUUCCUGGAGGAAUAUCCACUCCGGACUGACGGACACUCACUACAGAGUGGGUGGUCUCCAGCCCAGCAGGGACUACAUGUUCCGGAUCGUACCAGUCACCACAUCUGGACAAUUGGAGCCUCUUCCUCCAGUAUCUAUUUCCUCUAUGCCAGUUAUCCCAAGAAUGCAGAACCAUGAACCAAGCAUGACUGAAAUGGGCCGUGACUCCAUCAAGUUGUCAUGGCGACCUGCUGAGGUACCGUUUUACAGGAGACAGCCUCUUCCACUCCAUUACACUGUAGAGAUGCGCACACUACCAAGUUCUGAAUGGAUCCCAGUUGGACGCAGGGUCAAGGACAACUCCUACAUCGUCAAGGGACUUAACCCAAAGAAUGACUACGAGUUCCGCGUGAAGGCGGAAACAGACUACGGCUGUAGUUCUCCCACUUAUCCUGUUAUUGUCCGCAGGAAACCAGUGCCUGUGUUCCCAAGGAGGGAACCUGUCAUAAGCAACGUAUCACCAGAUUCGAUCACAUUGUCAUGGCAACCAGCCACAUUACCUGGACACAGCACCAGGAUUCCUGUGUACCAGAUCGAGGUCCAAGAUCCACCCAGUAUAGGACAGUGGCGACCUCUCUCAAACAAUGUCUCACAGACCACGUACAAUGCAGUGGGACUAAGGCCCGACAGGGACUACCUGUUCCGUGUCCGAGCCAAGGUAGACGGGGCACUAGGGGAGCCGACUCUGCCUGUUUAUCUGAUGAGGAGGUGUGGACCACCACGAAUGCCAACUGACCACCCGUAUGUCCAUGACAUCCAACCAACAUCUGUACGGUUACAAUGGAGAUCAGUAGAGUUAUCUCCCCGCCACACUGACUACUCUCCAGUGACGUAUCGCCUUGAGGUACAAGAGGGAACACGCAGCGACUGGGUCACACUGGCAGGACGUAUACCACACACCGACUUCCAUGUUACAAAUCUAACACCUGACCAGGAAUACAGUUUCCGUGUCAGAGCUGAGAAUAAAUACGGAGUCAGUGAACCUACAAAUUUAGUCCAUAUCAAACGCAGAGCUGUGGCACCAACAUUGCCGCAGGACGAACCACUUCUGUACGAUGUCGGAUCAGGCUCCAUCACGUUGUCAUGGCGAUCGGCUGAGGUGCCAUCAUUCAGUACCUCUCCUGUGACCUACUCUAUAUUCGUCCAGGAGUCACCCUCUAGUACCUGGACCCCAAUGGUCAGAAGAAUACCCCACACAUGGUAUGUCCUCAAUGGAAUACGGCCUGACCGGGACUACACCUUCCGUAUCCAGGCAGAAAACGAGUUUGGAGUGAGUCGACCCACAUUACCUGUACGCCUCUUCCACACAGGGUACAAAGCACCCAUAGAACUUCCUGAGAUCGAUGAGUUUGAUGAAAAGAGUUCUUCCAUAAAUCUCCGUUGGCGACCACGCUCAAUGACACCAUUUGAGGGUGAGCCUUUGCGAUAUCAUGUGGAAUCAUGGGAGCCCAGGAAGCGCACUUGGAGACGUUUGGCAUCAGACAUUCCCGAUACAAGUUAUCGUGUGACCGGGAUAUCUUCAAACCAGGAAAAUAUCUUCCGUAUAAGAGCGCAGACUAAAGCUGCUCUUAGCGAACCCACCUACCCAAUCUCUCUGAGUCGAUAUCUAUUCCCAAUAAGAAGACCACAGCUACAUGACCUUGAGUCAGAAGCUGUCAGGUUGUCAUGGAGCCCGUACCAACAUUCUCGCCCAAGGAUGCCGUCAUUGCCUCAUCUGCCAUCAAUACCACGACGAUACGAAGUGGAACUGCGAGAGCUGGGCACCAAUGACUGGAGAAGCGUUGCCACCGUACCAGAUACAUCCUUCUACUACCGGGGCCUGAGACCACGUCAGGACUAUCAGUUCCGUGUCCGUGGAAUUUCGGACCAGGGUCCUUCAGAUGUCUACUCCAGCCCUGUCACCCUAUACAGGAGAACAGCAUUACCCAGGGUUCCCCUGUCACGACCAGAGAUCAUGUCUGUUCAGGAUGAGACUGUUGAUCUCUCCUGGUCAAGAGUGGACAUCCCGGCCACUCAGUAUGACGAGACACCUUUGACCUACAUCAUUGAAUCACAGCAACUUCCAGGAUACGACUGGACACCGGUUGCACGUGGCAUCCCGGACACAAGCUACAGGGUAACUGGACUUCGACGUAAUCAAGAUUACGCCUUCCGCAUCAGAGGAGAGCUCCCGUCUGGACUUUCGGAACCAUCGCCGUAUGUUCCUGUGUACCGUAGACCAAGUGAGUCCAAGAUCAUUAUCAAAAAGUAUCCUAGUAUGAUUAGUACUAGUAUAAGUCCCAGGACAUUGUUGUCUCAGUACUACUUCCAGCAGGUCAGUCCGGCCGCUGGUGUCAUUGCUGUCAAGACACGUGACGAUAUAGACACAAGCACAUUACACGCUUCCACUGCACGCCCGCCUAAUGUAUGUGUAGAUAGAAACAAGAGGUUAACCAAUGUAAAUGACAAUAUCAAAACAAGGCGGGAUUUCUUCCUCGCAGAGCUCGAAAGAAUUGAUACAGAAUGGCAAAGGAAACACUUAAAGAGGGUCCGUAAAAUCGAUUUGAAACCUCCCCUUCCACCAAAGCAUGUGGUCAAAGAUAUUAACUCCAAACCCCCAAUGAGCCCUAGAUCCCGUCGGGAACAGUUUCUCCAGGAUAGUAAAAAGGUAAAUGCUAAAAUUCCACUUCGGGAGAAGAGUUAUGGGUUUAGUAAUGCACUUGAGAAAUUCAAGAAAGCUGACGUUGAGAGGGUCCACCAGCCAAGAAUAGGCGUCCAGGAGGAUGACAUUAGAAAAGUUGUGAGAGGUAAAGAACUGACCAAAGUACCAAGUAGAGCAUCCUUAAGAAAGAAGUAUGCUUCUGACAUUGACCUCUCCGUGAACAAAUUUAAAAUAGACCAACCUUCCAUUAGAAAACCGUAUGUACCAGAACCAUCCAGCAUUUCAAAGACUGAUUUUUAUGCACCUAGACUGAACUUGCUGAAGAAAGCAUUUGAUGAUAGCUGCACAAACCUUGGGCGGCAUCAUAGUCGACCUUCUCGAAUCACAGAGAAUGCUCGAAAAUAUCUUUCGUCAGAUUAUCGCAGGAGAGCAUCAUCAUGGCAUGGUUUUACCAGCAAGUACAUUUUUGUGGGUCGAUCAUCCAGUGUGACCCGUGAUGCGUUCUGCAGUAGGUCUGUCCGUGCCAGCUCUGUAGAUUUGAUGAGCGGGUCUUACAUCCCAAAAAGAAGUCAGUCCUGCAGCGCAGUCGCCCCUUACCGUGAUCCGUCUCUCAGUAGGAUCGGUCUCUCGUGGUACCACGACAGGACAUCCUCUAAUAUGCCCUUCGCCAGAAAUCGGAGCGCAUCUGCAUACGAUAUGGCAAGGAAGCCAUCGGUGCCGCCGAUGACUUUACCCGAGAGAUAUUCAAGUACUGAAUACUUGACACGUCGUGACAACAGUUCGUCUAGAACAAGAGAUAUAGGUCGUUCCACUCGGGGUGUGUCUCUUCCUCCUAGCAGUGCCAUUAACAGGUACUCAAGUUCGGAGUAUCUGAGCAAGCGUGAUUACAGUCCAUCUGUUGACAGAGAUUAUAGACGAUCUUAUCGAGGGAUGUCACAGCCUCCAGUCAAUGCUUCCGACCGAUAUUCAAGUUCCGAAUAUUUGAGUAGAAGAGACCACAGUUCCUCUUUGACGCGUGAGUCGAUAACCCGAGAUUCAAGCCUAUCUAUCAGCAGAGGUCCAAAGUCCUACAGAAGCAAGAGUGUGUCUGUAGUGGAUGGGUAUAUACCCAUGGCUUCCUCUGCCAGCCGGAAUACAUACGUACCAAAGACUAAAUGCUUCAGAGAUAGCUCUCCAUCUCCAAGAUUGGCCUCUAUACCAGCAACACCACCCAGGAGGGACUCAUCUCCGUUUAUAUCCAGAGGAAGUCCUCUCGUAUCCCGUAAAUGAUCUGUAGACGCAUUGAGAUAUUCAGUUGUGUCUGAUAGAGGGAGCCUACGAGAAUCCUCCAUCAUGAAGACCCGCCAUCUAACACCACAAAGAUUGAGGACCAUGUCGGUUAGUAGUUCCUGUGGGUCCCUGUAUGAUACGACCCCAUCGAGUUCCAGAGCCCAGUCCAUCAUCUCGCGCUCUCCUUCUAAGGAUUACGCAGACUCACUCAAAGAUAAGGAAUCUUCCAACUGGAUCAGGAAGGUUGUGUCAGGCUUUAGAAAACAUAUUGCUUAGGGUUUGUCUCGGUUACGUUUUGAAAAUUAUCAAAAUUGCACCGUCAUCGCAAAUUUUGCUUGGAGAUAUUCAAGUCUAUUUGGAGACAAAAAUGCCCACAAACAAAUGGAAUUAUCGUAAAAGACGCUACAUAAUUAUAAGCGUUUAAGUUGUAACUUACAUACACAGCAAAAUCGUGUCUGAUAUAUCGUGACCCAUUAUCCCAAACUAUCCCCUUGACCAAUUUGCAUAACAAGCCCCCUAGAGUUGUUUCCGAUUUUCCAACUUCAAGUAUAGUUCCCACAUAGAUUACUACCUCUUAUAUUUUCUUAUAAACGCAUACACAACUUCUUCUUUUGACAUUGCUUAGUAUGAAAUAUGCGUUUUCAGAGUCCUCUCCUUACACUAAUGUAGUUGAGACAGCAAUCGUACAUAGCUAGAGUUGUUUCCCUUUCGUACGAAUAGUUCAUUCCUCUCCUUGAAGUUAGGCCCCAGUUGACAUUUAUCAGAUAACUUAAACUAGUGAUUCAUUUGCUAUUCUGUAUCAUUAUGUUUUAUGACUAUACCUUUCCACCCCUGUGCUUACCUUUACAGGAGAAUGCAAAUAAUCUAAUAAAGGGGUGAAAAGGUUGAUAAAGUUUAAUUGCACCUGUUUUAAUCAAUUUUUUUUGUUUUGUACAUUAGUUUUAAGCUUUUCACGUGUUUUAUAUACAUUUCACACGCAUUGUUUAUUUCUUUAGCGUAUUGUAGAUGUUUGUCAAGUAUAUUGUCACAUAUUUUUAGAUAGCACUUUUAACACUUGCAUAAUACAAAUGAAAAUUUAUUACAAUUUGUUUUGAUGAAAGGUAUAAAUUGUCCAUCAAUUUACCUGUGUAAUGUUAUUUAUUUAUUUGUUUAUUGAUCAUUUAUUUAUUUAUUUCAUGAAUAUCGUACUGCAAUAGAAUUGUGCAAUGUAGUUCUCUAAUAUUGAGUAAAUCUGAUGUAAAAGUUGGUGAAUGGAUUUUGGCCAAUUUCUACACUUCUAAUUAGAUUCUAAUAUAAGCUUAUAACCAUUGCUAACGCUACACUAACCAAUGCCAUUAUUGCUAAAUAUUUUGAUGUAACUUUUUUGCUGGAGAAAUUUUGCUUGCACUGCUAUCUUUAGAAUGAUGACAGACUACACCAGACAAAAAUAAACUUUAAGAAUUUGACGAGCUAUUGUUAAUUACUACUUUUUAAUUAUAUUUUGAUUAACUGUAACAACGAUCAAUAGCUAUAUGGCAUUAGGUUAUCAAUCAUAUACGGCAAAUAUUCGCGAAAAUCCAAAUUUAAAAUAAAAAAACAUUAUAUAUGAAUCGCCAAUUAAUGAAUUUUUAUCAGAAGUUUGAUAAUGAAUAAUCAUGAAUCAAUUGAAGAACAUUUGCCGUAUAUAUUAUUUUAAUUAAUGUUUAUGACUUACAAUUCAGUGGUAUGCGUGCAUUAUCACAAAAUUUAACAUUAAUAAAAUCAAUCUAACAACCACUUUGUUUCCUUCUUUCAAAAAAGUGUUUUGUUUAUCAAUUAAAAAACGUUAGAUUUUUAUUUAAUUCAAAAUUACUUUCACAUGCAGACACUGGAUUGUAUGUUAUUCUAUCAGAUAAUUUUGUUUUUUAUUUUAUUUUAAUUAAAAUACAUUUGUUUAUACAUUUCAAGAUUAAAACACUUCAGACUUUGUUUUACUUUAUAGAAGUGUUAGUGAUAUUUUGGGAGUAAAACAGGUGAUAUCUGGUACAUUUUGUAAAUUGAUUUUAUAAGUGGCGUUUCUGUGAAAUUUUAUAUUAUGUUGAUUAUUUCUUAGUCAAUUGGAGAAUUUAACAAUCUUACAAAUCUCUGCUUUCACUGUAGUUUAAUGAUUUUUACAAAAUUAUCCAAAUUAUUAUCUUAUUAAUGUUGUUUUGUUGCUUGAUAUUUUUUCAAAGUGUAUUGAUAAAUUAUUUAAGAGAGAAUAUAAAGAUUAUAGAAAUAAUUUUGGUGAUAACAUUUGUUAUAAUAAUAAGACUGAUGGUAUUUCCGUCCAUGUAUUGAAAUACUAUAAUAUUUUUCCAAGAUAUUUUGUAAUAUCUUUUUAUGUUAUAUUUUUUAUCAAUCAAUAUUAAAUGUUUCUAUUCAAUAGGGAAUACUUAUCACAAUCGUUUUUCUGUAGACUGACCCUUCUUAAGUUUUCUUUUCAACGUACUUCUUAAUAGGGAUGUUAUAAUUAAUGGUAGAAUGAUGAGUUCUAGAUACUGACAUUUUGUUUGGAAAUAUUAAUAUGUAUUUACUCUUUAAAUAUUAAUGUACAUAAUUAAUGUUUAUUCUAUGUCAUCUUGUGUAAUUUUAAUAUAUUUAUUGUAGAAGUAGUUGGGAAUUUGUGCAAUUUAUCCCUCACUAAGUUAUCCUUUACACUGUAUGAUACUAUAGAAUGUGCAUGGUAAAAUUAAUUGUAUCAUAAUCAAAAGCAUUCAAGUAACUCAUCUAAAAUCUUACUUUCGUCCAAAAACUUACCUUCGAUUCGUCGCACCAUCGACUCCUUUGGCCUAUUUUUUCUCUUGUUCUAGCAUAUCCUAUCGUCUCUUAUUAAAAACGGUAGGGAAGAUUAUGUCUAUCAUUUAUUUUAUUUACUGAAAAUGAAAAAAAAAGGAUGUGAUAUAAUUUUCCUUUAGAGUAUUCUUUACGGCACAGUUCGGUAAUGUCAGUCUAAAAAAGAUGCUUAAAUUGAAAGGAAAAACCAAACAUGCCGAAAAUAUUAGAAGCGUUCAGUGGAAUACAGGAUUUUUUGGUUUAUCAGGAGAACAGCAUACUCCUAGAAAAUAUAACCUAUCGAUAAUGAAACUAUAAACAUGUACUGUAAAUGUUCUUUAAACGCUAAAAUAUAAGACAUCUUUCAAAAUUGAACUGAUUAUCGCAGUAGUGAAGUGGAGCGCCCAUAUUAUUUUCUAUAGAAACAGUAGAGAGUGUUGAUACAUCCAUGUCAACAGGCAUACAAAUAUGUUCAUUUACAGUAAAGUAGUUUCCCUCACAUUCUGUUGUUUUUGCGCUCCUGUAAAAUGAUACCCUGGCCUUUUGGGUUUCGAACAAUACAUCAAUAAUAUCCAGUAUAUUAUAAUGUUAUCGAACAGGAUUUUAAUUACAAUUGGCUACAUUGAAUAUGUGUAUUCGUUUACCUCGAAAAUCGCUUAAUCGUUUUCCGAAAGUUUUCCUGAAAAUAUUUUUCAAAAAGGACAUCCGAAAAUAUAGUUUACAUAUAUAUAGAAAGUAAAUCUAGCCUAUUACUAGCUUUGGAUUGGCGAAAUAUCUAUAUUCGUAUUGCAUGAACCUACUCGUGUAUAAUAGAUAAUUAUAUCAUGCAUGUAGAAAAUAUGUCCAAACAGGACAAGAUAUUUCGGCUUUAAAAUUAAGAGUUACUUGAAUGUGGUAAUAUUAUUCACCUGCAUAUGUCAGUCAGGCCAGAAGACCUGUUGGUACCGUAAUCUGGAAAUGUGCAAUUGUUUGUUGUUUAUUUUGAGGAAAUUUCGCUAUUUUAUUUCCUGUCAAAUACUCCCGAGUUGUCUUUAUUUUUUUCAUUUUAACAAAUAUAUUGAGAGCAUAAUGUCCUAGGAUUUGAUAUUAGAUGAGUGGUUUGUGUUUAAUAUAGUUUGAGGAAAACAUGGAACAUGAAUUUACUGCACAUUACAUUUUUUGUCUGAAUUUUCAAAAAUGUUUCGAAUAUUUUGAAAAUUAUGAUAACACAAGAAAUAUCAUUUGUAAAUAAUAAGAAAACUUACGAUGAUAAAUGAUCGUAUGAAAAUAUAAAAUUCUAAAAUGAAUAAUGUGCAGAACAUUCUAUAGAUUUCAUAUCCGGAGAUGAUUAGUGAAAACAGGUAAGUUUAUUUUGAAAUGGAGAUUGAUUGAGAGUGGCUUGGAUAUUGAAAUAUAAGAGAAGCAUAUUAUCUUCAUCUAGUCUCUAUAUUCGUUAGUAGAUUGAUUUCAAAUGCUGGACUGUGAUACUGUGUGUUUUGUGCCAAACUUAACCGUUUCACCCCUAUUUCCCCUGAAGUGGAUCAAACCUUUAUUGAUCAGAACGUACUAAAGCCUGGCAAUGGGUGUGAAAGGGUUAUACAUUAUAUUGACAUUUAUGUAUUUAUUCCAUAUAUCGACAUACCAAUUACCAUCCAUACUUUCAGGUGUUGUUUUGUUAAUCAUCGCUUAUAGAAUAAGAGUACGACUGUAGACAUUGUGAUUUGUUGAAACCUGCGUUUUUGAGUUUUAGCUGUUGAAAAUAAAAAGUGCUUGCCCAA